AUGACUUACGCCGCCGAUGGCGCGGAGGCGACGCACCGCGAGGACGGACCGCGCACUCCCCGGGAGGGCGAUCAUGGGGCGUCCACGCCCAGCAGCGAGGGCCACAGGACGGACGACAAUUUCAAGGUGAUCGUCCGUGUUCGUCCCCCUCUGCUACGAGAGCUCAACGGUGUGAGGCCCUACCAGCACACUGUGUGUGUUGACCCUUCUGCCCGAAAAAUUAUAUUGUCAGAAAAUGUGGAUGCCAUUACCCAAGCUGGCGGACCUCCAAAAGAUGGCUACAUGUACGCCACUUAUGACUUCACAUUCGAUCGAGUGUAUGAUCAAGACGAUGAACAGGAGGAAAUCUAUCGACAGUCUGCCCGAGACUCUGUGCUCUCAGUGCUGGAGGGAUACAACACUGGGAUCAUUGCAUAUGGACAAACUGGUACAGGCAAGACAUACACCAUGGAAGGUACAAUGGAUGGAUCGGAGAGAGGAAUAAUCCCACGGGCUGUGGAGGACAUCUUCUCUUGCAUUGAAAAUGAUCCAGAUCCGAGCAGCAAAUACCUUGUUCGGGCAUCAUACCUUCAGAUCUACAAUGACAUCAUUUCUGACCUCUUGAAGGAAGGCCGACACAACCUCUUGAUCAGAGAGGAUCACAAACGAGGAGUGUAUGUAGAGGGUCUGUCUGAAUGGGUUGUGCGGUCUCCUUCAGAAGUGUACAGCUUAAUGGAGCAAGGUGCUCAACAGCGGGCUACUGGGACAACAAAGAUGAAUGAGAUCAGCAGCAGGAGUCACGCCAUCCUCAUCAUUAUAGUUGAAAAAUCGACAUUGUUGCAUCAGGAGAGUAACACAGAAGAUGGCAAGAUUGGUGGAGUUGGAUGGCGCUCGCAAGAUGAGACCAAAGAGGCACCACGACGUGUAAAAGUGGGCAAGCUUAACCUUGUGGACCUGGCUGGAUCAGAGCGUGUACAUGUGACAGGGGCGACGGGGAAAAGACUUGAAGAGAGCAAGAAAAUAAACCAGUCACUGUCAGCCCUGGGAAAUGUCAUUGCAGCGCUGACCGAUCAACGACCAAGAGCACACAUUCCUUAUCGCGACUCCAAGGUGACACGCAUUCUUGAGGACAGUGUUGGGGGCAACUGCCGCACAACCAUGAUUUGCCUGAUUUCGCCUGCUCUCGAGUCGUUUGCGGAGUCGGUCUCCACACUGAAGUUUGCCAACAGGGCAAAGCGCAUCAGGAAUGAGGCCCAUGUGAAUGAGGACCUCGACCAGCGUACUCUGCUGAGAAAGUAUGAGCGAGAGCUGAGACGUUUGAAGUCCGAAUUGAAGCAACGUAGCAAGGAUCUGGUGGAUAAGAGAAAGCUGUUGGAGGUAGAGGAACAGAAGCGACGGGCAGAACGCGACAAACUGGCAGCGAUCACAGCCCUGGAAAAGCGAUCGCGGGAGUUUAUGCGUGAGAAAACUGAAAAGCGGCGCCUGGAAACGAGAAUUUCUGGCAUGCAGUCCCAGCUCCUCUUCGGUGGGAAGAAACUGGAGGACUCCCCAGCGUUUCGAAACCUCCUUGCAAAAGAGCACAGGAGAAUGAGGGGUGAAUAUGAGGGAAGGCUCCGUGAACUGGAGCGAGAGCGACAGAGUGUGGAACAGGACAGGGCUCAAGUGGACCAUUACAAGAGCCUACUCCUGAAGCAAAGGGACAUCAUGAUAGCGCUGACUGCACGGCUGAAUGAACGGGAUGAGCAGCUCCUUGCUCUACAGGAGGAACUUGACGCUGUAGAGAAACACCAGCGACAACUAGAGGAUGUGCUGGACCACAAAACAUCGGAAUUGAUUCAUUUGAGGAAGGCUGCGGUAGAACACACCACCACCAGCACAACUAAGGAUACUGCACUGGGGAGUGCACUGGGCGAAUGGAAGCAAGUGGACGAAUUCAGAGAGAGCCUCGGCCGCAAUGGCUAUCUUGAAAACAUUGACAAUGAUCAAAACUCCUCACCUUCACGUGAUGGGCAGCCUAGCAUGGUGAAUCAGCUCGAGGAUCGAGUUGCUUCUCUGAAGCAGCAGCAUGAGCAUCUCCGGAAGGACGUUGAGGCCCGGCUCGAAGAGAAGAACCACUUAAUUGAGAGCACCAGGCAAGAGAAUCGACAGCUCAGGGAGUUGCUCAGCCGUUCAAGUGGCAGCCCAACGUCCUUUGACCCCAUCUCGGCCAGGGAAGUCCAGUCGCUCAGAGAGCAAUGCAACAUUCGGAAAAAGGAGAGAGAAGCUUUGAAGACGAUUCUAAACUCGAAAAUGAAGCGCAUGGUGGAUGAUGUGGCGUGCACCAUAAAGGACUAUGGACAUCAGGAACAAGCCCACUCUCGACUCAUGGCACAAGUGCAAGCUCUAGGUCAGCUCCUAAAUGCAACCGUUGGGGCGUUGGGCCUCUCCGAUCGAGACGUAGCCAGUAGACAGUGA